UACAAUGGGCGUGGAACCUGUAAAAAGGGGACCUCGCAGCAGUAGACAGUAGUUGCAUUUACCGGGCUGAUUUAUUUUGUGAUGGGAAACACUGACGACCUAUUAACGUUUCAAGUUAAAUACUGAGGAUAUUUACCCGGACACUAUGGACAUCAGCAUUACAACUCUUGAAGAUUCAUCGCAUCUGAAAGUCGUAUGACAGACACUCGCGCAGGUAAGCUGCAGAAAGAUCAACGGCACGCGUAUUUCCCACAUCGGAUGAGUCGAGGCCGGGAAGCAAGAUUGAUGUGCACACUGACAUCGUUCCGUUGAUACCCCCAUGCUGAAGAAUUGUCACCGGGCGUGUGCUGCAGAUAUUCGGCCCCCACUCCAUCUUCACUUUGGGAAUAGCCAUGGCAAUCAUCUGGAAACGUCAGUGACUCAACAAUUAAAUCGCCAUGGAAUCGGGUGCCGAGCCCGAUGGAUUUAAAUACCCAUCUCUUCCCAAUUCACAAUGUGAACUCAACAUAAAUAUGUAUGAGACUAUCAGAGACGGAGACUUCACUAAUAUGGACACUUCGACAGUCGUGAGAGGUGGGAGCGACCCAAGUGCAUAUCCUCCAUCGAAUUAUCAGCGGAUCGUGCGCCAAAGAUUCAUCAGGAGAAGUUUGUGGUUCUCAGACUCUGAUGAGCAGGCCUUUGAGGUGCCAGAAUGUGACAACCGGAGUAAAAUCCUCAACGUAAGCCUGCGCACGAUAGUUGACAGGACACGGGGGGCUCGGUUGGGGCCACAGGAGAGCUCCAGUCCCGAGAGUCAAGGGGGGAAGAAAGACAGCGCCACAGAGAGCGCCAGCGCUGAUGAGAAGGAGAAGACUGUGGAUAAAUUGAAUGUUACAUCCACCGACGGCAGUAAAAACACUGUCAGAACUGCUAGCGAGGAGGAAGAGGCUGAGAUGAAAGCUGUUUCCACGUCCCCUGGGGGACGGUUUCUCAAGUUCGAUAUCGAGCUCGGGAGAGGGUCCUUCAAGACUGUCUAUAAAGGUCUGGAUACUGACACCUGGGUGGAAGUUGCCUGGUGUGAACUUCAGGACCGUAAGCUGACCAAAGUGGAGCGUCAGCGGUUUAAGGAGGAGGCCGAGAUGCUGAAGGGGCUGCAGCACCCCAACAUUGUCCGCUUCUAUGACUUUUGGGAGUCACCCCUCAAAGGGAAGAAGUGCAUUGUCCUGGUGACGGAGCUCAUGACCUCCGGAACACUCAAAACGUAUCUGAAGCGCUUCAAGGUGAUGAAACCCAAGGUCUUAAGGAGUUGGUGUAGACAGAUCCUAAAGGGCCUCCACUUCCUCCACACCCGGGACCCUCCUAUCAUCCACAGGGACCUGAAGUGUGACAACAUCUUCAUCACGGGCCCCACCGGCUCCGUAAAGAUAGGAGACCUGGGCCUGGCCACGCUCAAGAGGGCCUCCUUCGCCAAGAGUGUCAUAGGCACCCCAGAGUUCAUGGCCCCAGAGAUGUAUGAGGAGCACUAUGACGAGGCAGUGGACGUCUAUGCCUUUGGGAUGUGUAUGCUGGAGAUGGCCACCUCAGAGUACCCCUACUCGGAGUGCCAGAAUGCUGCACAGAUCUAUCGCAAAGUUACCAGCGGAGUGAAGCCUGCCAGCUUCAACAAGGUUGUGGAUCCUGAAAUCAAGGAGAUUAUUGGCGAGUGCAUCUGCCAAAAGAAAGAGGAGCGGUACUCUAUAAAGGACCUGCUGAACCAUGCCUUCUUUGCAGAGGACACAGGGGUGCGGGUGGAGCUGGCAGAGGAUGAUGAUGGGAAGAAGGAAGCUAUCGCCCUGAAACUGUGGGUGGAAGACCCCAAGAAGCUGAAGGGGAAGUACAAGGAGAGUGGCGCAAUUGAGUUCACCUUUGAACUGGAGAAAGAGACACCAGAGGGCGUAGCCCAAGAGAUGGUGGAAUCUGGGUUCUUCCAUGAGAGUGAUGCUAAGAUCGUGGGGAAGUCUAUCCGAGACCGUGUAGCGCUGAUCAAAUGGAGGAGAGAGAGGUCCGUAUUGGCAGGACCCCCAGUGGACAUAGGAGAGGCAGGACUCGGGGCCCAGUCAGCCCCGGCCCAGGGGGCCUCUGCUGGAGCUACACAGGCAGUACAGUCCCCUCUGCUGGAGCCAGAGGCAGACCAGCACGCCAGGCUGUGUAACCUUCCAGCCAGUGCCACCUCUGUCACAUCAGACAGUACGUUUGACAGCGGCCUGGGCUCCGCUGUGUACUCUGACUCCCACAGCAGCCAACACAAUGUCCUCUACCAGUCCCUAGUGGAGCCCAUCACCAAGGCAACGCAGCAGCAUCAACGCAGUGGUCUGUAUUUGGCUUCAGCACGCCCCCGCUCCUGUGAAAAGAGCGAGGGGUGGAAAGGAGCACUCGGGCCAGAGCUCCGAGUGGGGGUAGGAGCAGGGGCAAGGAGAGGGAGUGCCUCUGUCAUUGACACUCUAAGGGGCAACAACGUCACUCUUCAUAUGCUCCUGCAACCUCUGACCUCUGGGCCCUGCAGCCCACCGAGAGCUGCCAGUCCUGCCCCCACAUCACCAGACAACCAAACAGAGAGCAGCCCAUCUGAGUUCCGCUCCGAGGCAGAGGACUGCACCCCUUUUCCGAGUGCGUUGCCUGCCCCCCUCCUGGCCCUCCCUGACCCCACACACUCUGAGGCCCGGCGUCUUAGUGACUCUUCUGUUGAAUCCCAGACAUUGGAAGCCACCAAUGCGAGCAGGGUUAAAUCUGUGUCAGGUGGGCGGAGGCAUUCAGACUUCAGCACCCUGCUGAGUCGAAACUCUGCCCAUCAUCAUCACCACCAAGGCACACCCAGAAAGCACCUCUGCCAGGCCUGCUUCUCUCUGCUGCUGCUGAAGUCACAAGAAGGAGGGCACAAGCAGCACAUCGCCUUUCCCUUCCCACCACACCCCUGUGGGGUAGCGACAACUGCAGGAUCAGGAGGGGUGAAAGGUCAAAGUCAAAUAGGAAGUGACUGCUCUGACCUCUUCUUACUACAACAGAACCUGAUGAACAUCAUCAGCCGUAAAACCACCCUAUCCAACAAGGGCCAACCCUCCCUCCUCCACCUGCCUGCAGCCCAGCAGCCUGCCAAGAACUAUGGGGAUGGGAGUCUGAACUUACCCCAGAGAGGCAGCUUCAGUGGUGGCCACACUACACCUCCUCUGGCCAGGCCCACACAGGACCGCAGGGCCAGCUACUGCGCUGGGGAGCACCGAGCCACCGGGCCCCUGGGAGUGUCCAGUGCUGUGCACACCUUGCUCCAGAACCAUGCGUCUCUCCGGAGCCAGCCUGCCCCGGCCCCGCACACCCACCUGCAAUACCUCCAGCCUGGCCACAGCUACCCCAUCGCUCCCCAGGUCAUUCAACAGACACCCACCACAGCCAGCUUAUCAGCUGUAGCUUUACAACACACCCCAGCCUCAGCAAGUUACUCUGCAUCAAGCAUUCCCCUGCAACAGAAUCAUACCGGACAGAGCUACCUAGCUCCACCUCAGCAACAGACAGCAACAAGUUAUACAACUACAAAUGUACCACUUCAACAGCCUGCAGCAAGCUUUUCAGCGACAACCAUGCCCCCGCAGCAGUCACACACCGCAGCAAGCUACACAGUAGAAACAAUGCCAAUCCAGGGGACACCAACUCCACAGAGUUAUGUUGCUCCAGCUCUGCAACAGCUGACUCAAACUGCAGCGAGCUACGCAGCUCCAACUCUGCAACAAAACCCAACACCAGCAAGCUUCUCAGAAGCAGCAGCCUUGUCUGUCCAACAGACUGUAUUGGCCGCUACCAUAGCAGCAGCAACAAAACCCUCACAACCAGCUGCACAGAACUACUCCACUCCAGUGGGGCAUCUCCAACAGACUGCACCCACACAGAGUUAUGCAUCUGUAGCCUCAACUGUGGUCCACACAGUACCUAUACCCAUUCUCCCUACUUGGACCCCCAGUGUAGCAACACAACCUCUAGCUUCUGUUGUGCCUUGCCCAGCCCCACACAGCCUCUCAGACAAAGCUAUGCCUCCCAUUCUGCAGCCUGGCCAGUCUAGUCCCAUGCUUCACAGACAACAGACAGUGCAGGUCCCCAUUCAGCAGCAACACCACCAGCAAAUGGCACAGACCGCUGUCCAACAGGAUAGUCCCAUGCAGCACAGCCAACCGACUGUGCAGGUCCCCCUACCCCAACACAGCCAGCCAAUGGUCAAGCCUACUGUCCAACAGGCUCCAGUUGUCCAGCGCUACCAGUCACCUGCCCAUACUGAGCAGCAAGGUUCAACCCUCCAGAGUUACCCCAGUUCUGUACCCCUGAUGGGGCAACAGAACUCUGCUUCUCAGAGCUACCCACCCUCAGCCCCACACAUACAACAGGCUGCUUCACAGAGCUACCCACCCUCAGGUGGCACAGCACAGCCACAACAGGCUGCUUCACAGAGCUACCCACCCUCAGAUCCACACACACAACAGGCUGCUUCACAGAGCUACCCACCCACAGCCACACAGGCUGCAAUGGUGCAAGGCUACACAUCACUCCAACCCAGUGUGAUGGGUCAGGCCUAUCCAUCUGCUCAGGCUCCACAGCAGGCCGCAGACCCACAGACCUACCCAGUGGCCCCCAUAAUGCAACAACAGACUGGGACUACUGCACAGCACAGCCAGAUCCAGGUGGCCCCACUACCCCCAGGCCAGCAGUACCAACUCUAUCUCCACAACCCAGCUUUCCCGAACCAGAAUGUCCCUGGGGGUCAAAGCCUUCCCCAGCACCACCAAUCAUUAUCUAGUCUGCCUGCCCAGGCACUGCCUCCUCAGAAGCCAUUGGCUCAGGCCUCUGACCCUCUGCAGUUGCAGCCACUCCAGAUGUCCACUUCUCUUCCACCAACACACCUUUCACAGUUUCCCUCACCGUAUCCCAACAUCCAAGUGGUGACACCUCUGGCUGGAUGUGACUCCUACCCUCACCCCUGCCAUGUUCCCCAGUCCUACCCCUCCUCCACUGCCUCAUCUCUGCCCCCUCUCUACCUCUCCCCAGGCCAGCCUGCCACUCUGCCCCCCUCUGUCUCGCCCCUUGCCCCCCUGCAUAUAGGGAACGCUCUGGUGCCACCCACCUCUGUGUCCUUGAUACCCUCAUCCACAACCCUGCUGGCCAUGGCAGCACCCACACUGCCACAGCACCUGCAGAUGUACCCUGCUGUUUUGCAACAGAGUGUUAUGACACACCCACACACACAACAACCUACUCACUCACACCCUGCCUCACUCCCUAGACAACAGAACACACAACUGCAGAAUAAGCACCACAUGAACCCAGACCAUUCUGCCCUACCUGUUCAACACAACCCACACCCCACAUACUCACACCUUGCCGCUGCACCUGAGCUUGCUCUGCAAAGCUCUCAGCCAUUAAGACAGGUCAAGCAGCAGACCCAGCUUCCAGAUCCAGUCCACCCCUCCCAGCCUACCCAUCCUGCAGUUUUCUCCUCUCCCAUACAUAGUGGGCCGGACAGGGGCACAGUCGCUGCCGCAGCCCAGCUUGACCAGAAACUCAGCCAAAACCUGUCUCAGCGUCAGGCACUAGGCCAGAACCAGAGCCAACCCCAGGCUCCAGCGUCACAGCCACCAGGCUCCCAGACAGCAGGACCUGGGCCUGCCAGCACCAGCUUGACACAGCAGAACCAGGCCAGUGCCAGCACAGGGACCACGGUCACCUCGGCACAGCCUCUAACAGAGUCCAAUCUGGAGGAUCCUGGUGCAGAGAAGCAGGCGUCAGGGGCCAGCUACUCCUACGACAGUGUGAACUCCGAUGCCACCUCAGGGAAGGAGAUGAGCGACGGUAAUGAGGGGACACACGGGUCAGGGAAGGGCGAGGGCAAGGUCCGGAAACCCCACCGCCGCUCCACACGCACCCGCUCACGCCAAGAGAAGAUCAACAAGCCCAAACUCAGCAUGCUCAACGUGUGUAAUACAGGGGAUAAGAUGGUGGAGUGUCAGCUGGAGACCCACAACCACAAGAUGGUCACCUUCAAGUUUGACCUGGACGGAGACGCACCUGAGGAGAUCGCCACUUACAUGGUGGAGAAUGACUUCAUCCUGCUCCUGGAGAAGGAGAUGUUUAUAGAGCAGCUGAAGGACAUUGUGGACAAGGCUGAGGAUCUGCUGAGUGAAGACACUGAGGGGGAGAGGAGCUCUGACUACGUGGGCAGUCCUCAACAGAGCCACGGAACAGUCAUACUGGGGGGAGAGGGUUCAAAGACUGCUACACCUAAUUCACCACAGCUUGUUUACCAGCAGAACGUCCUCCACACUGGGAAGCGCUGGUUCAUUAUCUGCCCCGUGGCCGAGACGCCCACGCCAGACAGGGAGAAGACCUCAUCAGACGCCUCUACAGCCAAGGAGGCUCCUGAUAUGUCAUUGUCUAGGUCCAGCUGCAGUACUGUUCCUGCCCUGACCACCACAGCCCCUACUCCAGCCCCUUCUGCCCUCCCUGCACCUCAGAGCUCUAUUCAGCCUCAGGACCCCAAUGUGGGCAAGGCCAGAAUGCUGCAGCCCCAGGCCUCUGGAACCAAACCCACCACCAAUAGUACCACUGCUGCUGUGGGCCGCCAUGAGCCCUGUGUCUCCAUGGUAACAGACAUCCCAUGCUGCCCCAUUGUUCCACCCGUGUCUCUGGAUGUGAAUGGGGUGGGACAUAAAGGGGCGAGCAGCUCUUCCUCCUGUCUACCCAAUCAGGGGGCCAGCCUGUCAGGAGACCCGCCCCCUCUGGGCUCCCACCAACCUGUGGUCUUGCAGCAGCCCUACGCCACACCCAGCAUGGUGGGUGGAGGAGGUGGAGCCACAACACCAUCACAGCCCCAGAGUCCAGCCCACCAGGCCUCCCAGCAACAGGAUGGACCUGGUGGAUCUGGGAGUGGAGGUGGUGGGGGCCUGGGGGAGUCUGAUGGAGAGGGCCCCCCCAGGGUGGAAUUUGUGGACCGCACGAUCAAGACUCUUGAUGAGAAGCUGAGGAACCUGCUGUACCAGGAGUACGCCCCAUCUGCUCCCUCCAGCACCGCCUCAGACCUCCAGGGCUUCAGCACAGAGGGGGUCAGCUCUCCCCUUGUCUCUGACAGCCAGACCAUCACAGAGGGGGGGCUCCCCAGGAAGGGAGAGCUGCUGCCUCAGAUCCCUGAGCGUACAGAUAGUUUGGAUACCCUGAGUGACUCUGCAGGUGUGCUGAACACUGACAUGGUGGGCAGUUCCAGUUCCUAUGGCUCCAAGAGCCGUUUUCAGAUUGUCCCCACUCCUCCAGACAUCAUCAUCCGUCGUUUAGAGAAGGGCAGAAGUCGCAGCACCUGCAGCUCCACGGCUCCCUCUAGUGGCUCGGGGGGCUCUCAUGCUGCAGCUGAGGGGGGAGGACGGCGAGACCAGGGGUGUAUGGCCGUGGGCAGGUUCUCAGUGAUAACCACCGAAGAGGGGAUGGAAAACACAGCCAAACCUCACUGUAGCCACCGCUACUCAGCCCCGCCAGACUUCUACCAGGACACUCCCACCUCCAGCCCCAACGCCACCCCCACCCUGCUCCCACGUGCCCACACUGCUGAUGCUGCCACGAACUACUCCUUCCACUUCGACUCUGACUCAGGGGAGGAGGACACCAGUAGUUUAGCCCCUCCCCCUGCCCACCACAAGCCUCCAGUCCACGCACUCUCGGAACACAGCGGAAGUGACCUCAUGAAGAGGGCGGUGGCCUUCCUGCGCCGCACGGGCCGCAGCAGCAGUGUGCAGAGCUCUGAUUCGCCGAGCCGGCAACCAGCGGUAGCGAAUGGCCACGCCCUCUCGCUGCCUGGACCCGGCCCCGCAUCGUACAUCAGCAGUGACAACGAUUCUGAGUUUGAGGAUGCGGACAUGAGGAAGGAGCUGCAGAGGCUGAGGGAAAAACACAUGAAGGAGAUCUCAGAGCUGCAGGCGUUCCAGAGGAAUGAGAUCGAGCAUCUGUAUAAAGAGGUGGGGAAAGCCCUGCCGCCUGGUGUAGGCCUGCUGCACGCUGCGCCCCCUAGUGGCCGCAGACGUAGGGCCAGCAAACACAAGCUGAAGGCGGGCAAGCUGCUCAACCCCACAGUGCAGCAGCUGAAAAACAACCUGAACACCACCACUGCCGGUGAGAGGAAAGGUGAGAGUGCACCGGGCUUGUCUGGAUCUCCAGCUAAGAGCUCCAUCGUGUCUGAUGGCUCUGCCUGCUCCAGUGGCAGCAGCAGUAGUACCAGCAGCACUCUGCCCAGCACGGCCCCACAACCCGUUCAGACCCAGCAGCCCUGUUCUCUCAAGGGCUCCCUCUCCUCUGACAGCAUCUAUGGUGGUGGCAUGGCCACACACGCUGGCCCAGGGCAAGGAUGGACGGUAUACCACCAAACGUCAGAGAGAGUGACCUAUAAAUCUAGUAGCAAACCGCGUGCUAGAUUCCUCAGUGGACCCGUGUCUCUGUCCAUCUGGUCCACACUGAAACGACUAUGUCUAGGCAAAGAGCGCAGUAGUAGGUCUUCUCACGGCGCCAGUGCAACUCAGACAGCGUCCAAUCUGCAACAGCCACCAGCUGUUCCCACCCCUUCGUCAUCUCCUCAACCAAUGGCGGCUCUAGCUCAGGCCCAGACGAACAACAGCAACAACAAGAAGCCAGGCACCUUCACGGACGACCUGCACAAGCUGGUAGAUGAUUGGACGAAGGAGACGCUCGCGGCCAAUCAGCCACGGCCCUCUCUGAACCAGAUCAAACAGCAGAGACGCAGGCAGGACCUGGAGGGCCGAGCCACGCCCAUGGGAGGAGCCACACAGGAGGUGAGAUGUGCCAUCCUUCCAAACAAGUUCCAGCUGCCUCUGUCCUGUCCACUGACAGUUGUAGGCCUAGCCAUGCCCACUGACCUGGGCUCCAACCCCUCUGCCAUGCUCCAGCCCGGGUACCUGGUACCAGCAGGUCCUUAUGGAGGGGUUGUGCCCGGCCCCUUAUACCCCCAGCAGUGGUCUGGUAUGCCCAGUCCUGUGGGGAUGAUUGGGGCAGCGGGAGGAAUGCCCUACCCCACCAGGGCCAACCCAGGGUUGCAGGCAUACCCCCUUACCCUGCACAGCCCUGAGAACGGCCCUAACACCAGGACUACCUAAUGUGACAAAUCGCACCAUCUUGCAAACACCCCCCC